CGUGGUUUUCAUCUCCAAUCUGCCCAGGUGAACACGGGCCAGCCAUGGAGCCCCACCGGUGGUUGGCACAACCACAACAACAGUCAUCUGCCAUGGCUGACUCUUCCAUGGAAGAUCAGCAUCCCGGGUCGACGGAUGACCGCAGAUCGAUGCGGAUGACCUCGCUUCCUCGGGAGUACAGCUCCGCCACUUGGGGCUCUUUGUUCGCAAACUCUCUCCCUCCCACCCACCUGGCGGAACAGCCCCAUCUCACAGGGCUACGUGCAAAGCUCCAUUGCCGCACAUCCAAUUCCAGCGACACCUUCGCGGGGCAGCCAACUGUUCAUCAUGGCGGCAUGCCGCUGUACCAGCCUCCCCCAACUUCGCAGUUUCGAGCUCCAACACCGUCGCCAAGUGUGUCUGCAGGAGUUGAGUUCGGGAGUUCACCCGGUCUUCCUGCCUCACCUCCCACUGCCAUGCCAAGGCAGUCGAACAGUGGUCCCAAUGUGCCAUUGUCGCAGAAUGAAGUGCCGUGCGUUCCCUACUCAUCCACAAGUGCUGCGCGGGUGGGAACUCCAGCGGUUGACUGCACGCCUGCUGCGGCAUCGGAGGACACACCAUCUAUGGUGACGGAGGGUGGUGGACAGGAUGCAGGCGGAGGGAAGGCUCCAGCCAAGUCUGCAAGGAAGGCGUCCCAGCCAUGGGCCCCGGAUGAGCAAAUCGCUUUGGUGAGACUGUUUGGUAAGGAUGAUGCGCUUUGUGCCUGUGCUUCGGGCCCUCACAGGUGCAUGAAGAGGCAGGACCAACUGGAGUGGAUCUCGAAGUGCAUGAAGGCCGAGGGAUACCGACGCAGUGCUGAAGACUGCAGGAAGAAGUGGGCGUCAUUGUUGGAGAAGGUGAAGGAGAUCAAUGACAAGUGUGGCAGAUCAGGUGGCGAGAGCUACUGGGACAUGGCAAAGGAGAAGCGAAGGGAAGCCGGUGUUCAUCCUGUGUUCAACAAGGCACUUUGGGAUGCGAUGGAGUGGAAUAUGAAGAAACCGUCGAUGACUUGCGACAACACCUUGGCUUCCGACAGUAUGCAGUCCACGAAUGAGGAUGUACGGGCUGGGGGGAGCGGGGAUGGUGAAGGAAGUGCGGGUGGUGUUGGUAGAUAGGGGAAAAGCAGCCGUGGGGAGACCGUCAGGGAUCCGUCCGAUGGAUCUGAUGCCGGCACGAA